AUGAUGGUAACCUCUACACUUUAUAUGGUUCUGCAGGUGGUCAUUGGCGUUGUACUCGCUCAGGCUGAUGCAGCGUCGCUCUCCAAGUCUUGGGAGAACGUGGCAUACCAUAGAACUGUCGACGUCAGCAGAACAUAUACUCAAGAAAGAAUUGACUUGCAUAUCAAAAAUAUUGACAAUAAGGCUAUCGAAGAGUACUACUUUGUACUUCCUGAAGGUAUUUUUGAGAAUAUUGCUUUGUUUUCGGCCCAGCUAAAACGGGCAGAUGCUUUCUUGGAAAGCGCCAUUAUUCCUCAACAAACGUUCGUAGCGAAUGGAGAACACGUCAAGGUUGCUGUCGUGAAAAUGCCAACAUCUGUUGAACCUGGAAGCAGUACUGAUAUUGCGAUUACAUUAGUUUACGGCUCACACCGUCAACCGUAUUCGGGUAGCGUUGAAAUGGGAGAAAGACAGCUGCUUCACCUCAGCACUAAUACAUACCCACUUUCUGCUUAUAACACCCAGCAAUAUACGAUGAGUCUUGAAGGAAGCCCAAGCAUUGAAGUGGUCAGCAAUAGCAGCGAUGAUAAUUUUUCAUGUCGGAAAGAAGGAAGCAGAUUAGAUUGCGAGAGUCAUAAAGCUAUCGGACCAUAUCAAAAAACAGCACCACUUAAAAUUGUUUUUGAACGUAAUCUCCCCUCUUCAAGGGUUUCUUUUCUAGCAAGAGAAGUAUGGGUCUCUCACUGGGCAUCAACUAUGCAAUUUGAAGAGUCAUAUGACUUAGUUAACGACGCUGCUCCUCUAAAGGGCGGCUUCUCAAGAGCUGAAUACAUGAAAGGACAGCAUGCAAUGAAGCAACACGGGCACCUGACAGCACUGGAGAUGGUUUUGCCUUCUGAUUCCGAAGAGCACUAUUUCACAGAUCUGGUCGGCGCAGUGUCUACUUUCAGGGUUUUGCAAGACCAUAUUUUCCUCAAACCGAGAUUCCCUAUCUUUGGUGGGUGGAAGUACAACUUUACUAUUGGCUGGACUAAUGGACUAUCUCAAUUUUUACAUAUUGAGGAUGUCGAUACUGAAUCUUUUGUGUUAUCCGUGCCCAUCCUCAAUGGUCCUGCCGACACGUAUUACUCAAAGAUGAACUUAUCUGUGUAUUUACCAGAAGGUUCUGAAGUCCUGGACGUUUGGUGUCCUCUACCUGUUGUGUCAACUGAAGUGACCGCUUCGAAAUCUUAUUUUGACCUCAAUAAUGGGCACACCAAGGUCACAUUCGAGCUAAACAAUAUGGUGGACACUGUCUCAACGAGCAAAGUAUUUGUUAGAUACAAGUUUUCGACUUUUUCAUUCUACAGGAAACCAAUCUCUAUCGCGGCGUCUAUUUUCAUUUCAUUAAUGGCGUUCUUUUUCCUUAAGCAGAUCACAUUUACAAUAGAAAAUUGA